GACCUUAAAUGGCAGUAGAAAAUUCAACAUUAGCAAGAUUUGCGAGUGCCAUGGAAGAGGUGCUCUACAGAUACGACAGCAACAGUAGCGGCAACGUUUCGAACAAUACGGUGGCCGUCGCACACUAUCCGAGCGGUUAUACGCUUCCGCAAAUCGUCAUCGCCUCCGCGGUGGUCGUGUUGCUCAUUAUUGCCGUCGUCGUGGGCAAUAUGUUGGUCAUUAUUGCGAUCGCCACCGAAAAGGCGUUAAAGAACAUACAAAAUUGGUUUAUAGCCUCGCUGGCCGUUUCGGACUUUUUGCUCGGGUUGAUUAUCAUGCCGUUCUCGUUGGCCAACGAAGUGAUGGGUUUCUGGAUAUUCGGACAAUUGUGGUGCGAAAUGCAUUCAGCCCUCGAUGUUCUGUUGAGCACCGCUUCGAUAUUAAAUUUAUGCCUAAUAUCUCUGGAUCGGUACUGGAGCAUUACGCAAGCCGUCGAAUAUUUAAAGAAACGAACGCCAGUACGAGCCAUCGUUAUGAUCGGAGCAGUAUGGGUGUUGUCAGCACUGAUUUCCAUACCACCGUUACUGGGUUGGAAGGUGCCGAGACCUACGGACAUCGAGCGGUAUCCAAAAUGCCAGGUAAGGAAAUCUUAACAAUAAUAUUGCCAAGAUUGAAAUGGUAAGUUACCUAUUUGUGUUGGUAUAAACUGUAGUUCUUUAAAUUUAAAAAAAUGUUUUUAAAUUAAAUAGCGUUUUGAAUCAAGGUAGUCAUUAAUAAUGAUGUUGUAAUUCGAAAUAAAGCUAUUAGGGG